AUGGAUGUUUAUCUACAGAUUUUAGUAUUCUCAUCAGACGAUGAAGAGCGUCUUAUGGUCGACGUCUUCCGUGGGUACAACUCACUUAUACCACCCAUCAGAAAUCUUAGUGAAAUGCCAAUAAUCGUCAAAAUUGCUAUGCAGCUUUUUCUUCUCAUCGAUGUUGCAGAAAAGGACCAAGUGAUGCACACAAAUGUUUGGUUAACGUUGAGGUGGCACGAUUUCCAGAUGAGAUGGAAUCCUGUGAAUUACGGUGAAAUCAAAGAAAUGCGCGUCUCACCAGAUAAGGUCUGGUUGCCUGACAUCGUUCUGUUCAACAACUGCGAUGGUAACUUUGAAGUGUCUUUCAUGUGCAAUGUUGUUAUAAAUUAUCAUGGUGAUAUGCUAUGGGUACCACCGGCGAUUUACAAAAGCUCAUGCAUUAUCGAUGUAGAAUACUUCCCAUUCGACGAACAGGUGUGUACACUGGUGUUUGGGUCAUGGACGUACAACGAGAACGAGAUUAAGCUCGGGUUCGAUCAAGCCGAAUUGGUCGAUCUUUCUGAAUACGAGCCACGAAAGACGCUAUUCUACACUAUCAUAUUGAUCAUUCCUACUUUUCUGAUGGGAUCUUUAAAUCUGGCAGUAUUCUUCCUACCAACGGAUUCAGGUGAAAAAAUGACGCUUAUAAUUUCGAUUAUGCUUUCAAUUGUCGUAUUUUUACUGCUCGUAUCGAAAAUUCUCCCACCUACAUCCAGUACGAUUCCGCUACUGGCAAAGUACCUACUACUCACCUUUGUACUUAACGUCAUCACUAUCCUGAUCACAAUUAUCAUUAUCAAUAUUUACUUUCGAAGUCCCACAACACAUCCUAUGCCAGAAUGGGUGCGAUCGAUCUUUUUGGAAUGGAUGCCACUUCUGAUGUGCCUGCAACGGCCAAAAUCGGCUUCACGGAAACUGAUGACCAAGAAGAAACGCGGUGCCACAGUCGCUAAGCUACCAGGAGUUGGCCAGUUCCCUCUAAAUCGCGCCAGGCAUCAUCCACUAUGUCCGAGUGCCGACGACAGGUAUUGGCCCAACAUUCUAGUGAGGAAAUCUACAGAUUCAGAUGAAUACAGUUCAAAAAAAGCUUUUCAUUACCUUUUAAGGACCGUUUCAAUAAAAGUUCUGAAUUGUGGAGAUGAUAUUCCGAAAGAUCCGGGCACGAUCAUGUUCUAUCCACUUUCACCUGACGCACUUCGUGCCAUUGAUGCAAUCGAAUACAUCACAGACCAUAUAGUUCAAGAGAAGGAAUACAAAAUACACUGUGAUGAUUGGAAGUUUGUGGGGAUGAUUAUCGAUCGUUUGUUACUUUACGUCUUCUUCGGCAUCACAGCUGGAGGCACAUGUGGAAUACUGUUCAGUGCUCCUUCCGUGUUCGAAGGUAGGUCUAGAGGUUACGGUAAGAAUGCACCCACUUACAGCGAAUCGAUAUGUGCAGCCAGCAACAUUAACGUUAUGCUCUUCUAUCAGCUUCUUCCUAUUCUAUUCAUUCUUCUAUUCGUUCGAGUGCAUACCUCUGAAGAUGAAGAGCGUCUUAUGGUGGACAUCUUCCGUGGCUAUAACUCACUUAUUCAGCCCAUUCGAAAUGUCACAACCAUGCCAAUUAUCGUAAAAAUCGCUCUACAACUUGUUCUACUUAUCAACGUCGACGAGAAGGAUCAAGUGAUGCACACAAACGUCUGGCUGACAUUGAAAUGGCACGACUUCCAAAUGCGAUGGAAUCCUGUAAAUUAUGGCGAGAUUAAAGAAAUGCGAGUAUCACCAGAUAAAGUCUGGUUACCUGAUAUCGUCUUGUUCAAUAACGCUGAUGGUAACUACGAGGUAUCAUUCAUGUGUAACGUCGUCAUAAACUAUCAUGGCGACAUGCUUUGGGUACCGCCAGCCAUCUACAAAAGCUCGUGCAUCAUCGACGUGGAGUUCUUCCCGUUCGAUGAGCAGGUGUGCACGUUGGUGUUUGGAUCGUGGACGUACAACGAAAACGAGAUCAAGCUUGAAUUUGAACAAGCCGAGUGGGUAGAUCUCUCGGAGUACGCACCGUCUUCUAUCUGGGAUUUGAUGGAUGCACCGGCAUCAUUGGUGAAUAAACGGAGUCGAAUAGAAUUCCAAGUGAGAAUCAGGUAUCUUCUGCUCACAUUCGUGCUCAACGUAAUCACCAUCUUGGUGACUGUGAUUAUUAUCAACGUGUACUUCCGUAGCCCUACAACUCAUCGAAUGCCCUCAUGGGUACGAACCCUCUUUCUGGAGUGGAUGCCAUGUAUUAUGUGUAUGCAACGGCCAAAAUCUGCUUCGCGAAAGCUCAUGGCCAGUCAACAGAAACGGGGAGUGGCUCAGUUGCCGGGCAUUGGACAGUUCACCUUCAAUCCAGCCUCUCAUCAUCCGUUCUGUCCC